AUGUCAUACAACAACUACACCACCACCGAGUUCCCCCUCGCAUCCUCCAGCCCCUCCCUCUCCCCACCGAACAUCGACCUGCUCAUCCCCCUCACAAGCAUCAUGCUACUCACCACCCUAGACCUCAUAGGCAUCAUCACCGACAAAAUGCGCGCGUGCAUCCUCCUAGCAGCAUGUGGCAGCUAUCUAGCCAGUCAUAUGCACCAUAACGUACACUUCGAAACAAACAACACGGUCGUCGUCGAGUCACCCAUUGCAGGUGAUUGGGAGGCCGUGCUGGGGCCUUAUACUCCGUUUUCACAUGUUUGGGAUGGCGUUCAUGGCGAUGUGCCCGGGUAUGGCGAUUAUGGUCGCGAUGGAGAUGAAGUUGAUGAUGAAGACUUUGGCGCGGAUGCGACCCCAAGCCCUCCUGCGGAUGGAUCUUUUGGCGUCAGGAAGAUUGUUUGGUGUCUGGUGCUCGGUUUUCAGUGGGUCUUGGUGCCUUUUGUUGGGGGUAUUCGGAAGUGGGCUGAGCGGGAUGUUGAUGUUGGGGUUCACUUGACAGACGAGAAGAUGGAAGAGGAAGAGAAAGAGGAGGAGAAGGAGGAGGAGAGACUGACUGACGUCAAAUGCGAGACUGGGACUUCGCCUGAUGAGCUUCGUGAAUAUGCUGCCUCGCUUAGGGCCUCCAAUGCCUUAGCAGACGACAGUAUCAUGAUGAACCGUUGGCCUUCCACUUUCGUUAUCAACAAGGCCGAAUCCAUCAAAGAGGAGGAGCUGGCAACCCUCGAGUUUGAUACACCAGACGAUACUCUCUUUCCUCCUGACCUUGUCUCCAGCCUUGAGUACUCUGACUGGGACUCUCUGGAUGAUAUACUUGAUGACUACCGCUACUAUCCCUCGGACUCACCCGACUUUCCGUCCUCUCAAACAUCUGAGACUGCAUUAUCGACCGCAUCUCCAAAAUUGGUUGAUGAUUGCGAGCCAGCGGCUGACUCUAACUCCAACUCGUUCGACUCUCAGCCAAGCUGUGCUCUAGAUCUUCUUCUUGACGAGUAUCCCUCAGAGCCAUACCCAGAUUCUGACGAUGAAACCGAACUCACGCCCUUCCCCUACAGUCCGACGACCUCCUGCGCCAGCCCUACCUUCAGCGUUUCCACUAUCGACACAGAUGAUUUCCUGACUGGGACCCUUGACGAGAAGCUCUCGGAGGUCUGGCUUACAGACCCAGAACUCGACGACACUUCUCUCCCCAACAACCUCACACAUGAGCCCGCCUCCUCCUUCGACGAAGUAAUCGAAGAACCGAAAAAAUACAUCGAUCAGCAGCAACAUGCUGCUACACACGAGGAACACACCACUAUUAUUCCCAGAGCCAUUGUCCCUAAAAAGAACGGUCAAACCCCCGUCUCUCACCUCAGACUCCCUCGCACAGCCCCCCAAUCUACCCCAGCGCCUCCUAAUUUCAGUAUUGCAAUUCCGCCUGGAAAGAAACCCAGCGAACCCGCAACCCCUGCCUCGAACAGCACCAUCAUCAAUCCCCUGCAAUCCUGUCUCUCCAAGCCCCAUCACUCUUCGGAACGCGGCACUCGUCGUCCAAUGCUGGAAGAGGAUUCUUCCCCUCCCAGUGUAAAUCUCGAGGCCCUGUCCUCCCUCGAGCUCGACCGACUCACCCGCUUCAACAGCUGGAAGAACCUCUUCGUGAACGACAUCUCUUCUCCGAUCUACAACCACUGCCAACACAAUCCCCAGAUUUCGGGCCCCCGAUCCAUGUACGUCGCUUGCUCACCUUCUUCAUCAGCGCCAACACGGACAAAGAAGCACAAAAGAGUUCGCUUCCACCCGGCCGUCACGAACAUCGACAUCCGGAUCUGUCCGAGGUACCUUCGGACCCGGCGCCACCGCGACCCUGAUGGCGAGGUCAUUGAACGUCCGGUCUUCUCGCUUACUCCCUUGCGAGAGUAG